AUGGCCAAAAGUAUUCGCUCCAGUACCAAGAAGAGAAACCACGCCAAACUGCGAAGCACCGUGUUUGGUCCCGUCGUCGAUGCACGAACAGAGAGACUCUCGGCCAAGCUGCAAGAGCUCGCAGCCCAGCCUUUAAAGAUAGAGACUACCAAAGACGCUGCCGAGGAGAACACCAAGACUGAAGCGGAAGCCGAAGAUGAGAGCGAUAAAAUGGCCAUUGACGAGUCAGCCACCACACAAUCAAGCUCUUCGAAGCAACGAUCGAAUCGCGUCAGGAAGCAACCCAAGAGGAAGCCCCGCAAUACGAUGGUUUUCGCUAAGCCACACCAGGUGAAACUCAAGGAUAAUCAUCUUUUACCAAACGUCAAUGAACUAUAUUGGGCUUUGGAGUUCUCAGCGGCACGGUGUUCGGCGUUAUCACAUCUCGGUCUAUUCGCACUUGCGAGAGAAGGACAGUCAACUGCACAAACGAGAAUCGCUUCGCAAGCCAUUAGAAGCGAGGACGAGCUGGAGUCGAAAGACCUUCUUGCACAGUCGCCUCCAGCAUAUUCAUCCUGA